AUGACCGGAUUUUUGGCCGUAGGGUUCUCUGUUAACUCUGCAAAGAUAAAGGAAGGUAUAUGGCCAAAAUCUGACAACAUUAUGUCCAAACGUAAUGGGAUGUCUGAAACCAAAGUAGAGAUUACCAAGGGUUGUGGUUUUGACUUGAACGAGUGUCCAAAUGUGGAGCUGAUGGAGCAAGCUGAUGAAUCUGGUCUCAAGGCCGAGCUUGAAACUGACAGCUUGGUGAACGAUGGGAUUGAUAGAGCUCCAAACGGCGGUAACAUGAAGAAUGUAACCGGAUUGAAUAGUAAGAAAACGGUGAAGCUUAAGCCGCCUAAUCGUGAAGUUCUCAUUACCCGGAGGGUUCUGCGCUCAGGCUCUGUGGCAAGUGAUCAAGUAAAGAGUGAUAAACAUCACAGGGAUGUGGAAAAGAAAAGAAAGGUUUCUCAUAAGGGAGAUAUGAGUAAAGGUGACAACAUGGGAAAAGUUAGUUCCAUAAGUUCUGUUGUUGAUGUGAAAGAAGAAGUAGAACAUGAGCAUGUGAAAUCUCUUGUACCUAAGGAGACUCAUGGAGAUGGGUUUAAAAGUCUGAUAAAAGUGGAUUAUAAGGAUGACAAAUCAGAUGAUGAAAAAGAAUUGAAAUUUAAACGCAAAAGAGGAAGGCCUCCAAAGUCGCAGAGCUGCAGUCAGUCUGAUGAUAAGGAGGUGAAACUUAUUGGCGGAAGCUGCUUUGGGAAGGAGAAAACAGAAGUAAAACUUGAGGAUCGGCAAGCUGCUGAAGUUAACAAGAUGAUUCUUGGGGCUGAUGAUAUUAGGAGUCAGGUUAAAGUUGAAAUUAAGGAUGAUAGAUCAUAUGAUGAAAAUGGGAAUGUUGAGCCACAUGGUGAAGAGCCAAAAGCUAAGCGCAAGCGGGGAAGGCCCAGAAAGUGUCACCCUGAUGAGAGCGGUUCUAACACAAACUGUAAACUUGUGAGAACUCCAGAUUUAAGCAGCCAGUCUAGUCUUGACAGACUUAGUUUGAAACCUCAGCGUGGUAGACCUCCAAAGACCAAGGAGACGGCUGUUGCUCUUUACGUAGAAAAGGAGAACAUCAACCGUAGGUAUGAGAGUACCCUAAUAACGCUGGACCAGAGUAUGACUGACUCUAUUGAUGAAUCAAGUAGACCAAAAAGUAACUAUGGAGGCAGGGCUAAGGGACUUGAAUCUGAUGGAGGCAGUUGCAGGGGAAGGAAGAUGCUACGUAAGCGUGGAAGGCCUCCAACACCGCAGAAGGAAAGGAACUCUUGGGGGGCAGAUGAAUCAGGUGGUAAAGCGAAGAAGAGACUGAAACUUCGUGAGAGUUCCUUGGAGUCACGGCACAACAAUCCUUUAACUGAUGGAGAAAAAGAAAAUAAGCAGAAUGAAGCUGAAAAACAAUCUAAGUCAAAAUCUAAGAAAAUGCUGAGUGACCGGAUUCUGCAGUUACUUCUAGCUGCUGGUUGGAGAGUUGAAUACAGGCCCCGAAACGGGAGAGCAUAUCGAGAUGCUGUUUAUGUUAAUCCUGAGGGAAAGACUCACUGGUCAGUGACCAAGGCUUAUAGCGUUUAUAAAGAACAAUUGGAAAGCAGCAUGAAUGAUCAAAAGAACUCUACCACUGGUUCUGGUUUUGGCUUGCUACCAGAAGAGGACCUUCACCUAUUAUGGAGAAAAACUCAGAAAAAAAGGUGUGAUACAGGUAAGCGAAGGGCAAACUGGAAGGACAGAGAUGCUAAUGAAAACAUGGUCUCAACAAAGGGAAACGGGAAGCGUACACUACAUGGAAAAAAAGUGUGGAAGGAAAAAAACCGAAUGCAGAAGAAACGAAAAGGGAGUCAUGGGUCGCACAACUUAGAAAGAAUUUCGGUUUCAGUCAGAAAAAUAAAGAGAGAAGAAAAACAUAAUAGAUGUGGUCUGUCGGCUCGCAGUUCUUUGGAUAAUGCGGAGGAGAAUGGGUACAUUUUAUUUGAAGGGAAACGCACCAUGCUGGGUUGGAUGAUUGAUUCCGCCAUUGUGCCACUUAACGGGAAAGUUCAGUGCAUGAACUGCGAAAAGACACAAGUGCUUCUAGAAGGAAUAAUUACAAAAGACGGUAUUCGAUGCAACUGCUGUGAUGAAGUAUUCUCUGCUCUCGAUUUUGAGGUUCAUGCUGGAGCAAAGCACGACCCACCAUUCAAAAGUCUGUAUUUAGAGGGUGGGAAUUCUCUCUUGCGGUGCUUUCUUGAGUCUUGGAAUAAACAAAGCGAAUCACAGCUCAAAGGGUUCCACUUUGUGGAUUUUGGUGUUGGGGAUCCAAAUGAUGAUACAUGUGCUAAUUGUGGGGAUGGGGGAGAUCUUAUCUGCUGUGAUGGGUGCCCAUCAACCUUCCAUCAGAGCUGCUUGGGGAUUAAAAAAUUCCCUUCUGGUGCCUGGUUUUGUUGCUACUGCUCAUGCAAAUUUUGCGAGAAAGUUGAGGCAGAUAAUAAUGACCCUACAACCCUUACCCCCUUAUUGAGGUGCUGCCUAUGUGAAGAGAAAUAUCACCAAGAAUGCAUCAAGCAAGAUAGCAUGCUGAAUGGUGAAAGGAUUACUGAUUCAUUUUGUGGAAAGUAUUGUCAAGAGUUAUUUAAGGAACUUCAGUUACUCAUUGGAGUAAAACACGCACUGCCUGAGGGCUUCUCCUGGACAUUCCUUCGACGCUUUGAGCUCCCUCGUGAGGUUGCCGAUUGUGACAUAUCUGAGAAGAUUGCAUAUAAUGCCAAACUGGCCGUUGCAUUUUCUGUUAUGGAUGAGUGCUUCUCACCUUUAGUUGAUCACAGGAGUGGUGACAACUUGCUUCAAAACAUUGUUUAUAAUUUUGGGUCAAACUUUCAUCGGCUAAAUUACAGCAGUUUUCUCACAGCUGUUUUGGAGAGGGGUGAAGAAAUCAUUGCUGUGGCAUCUAUCAGGAUCCACGGCAAUCAACUGGCAGAAAUGCCUUUUAUUGGAACCCGCUACAUGUACAGGCGUCAAGGAAUGUGUCGUCGACUAAUGAGCGGCAUUGAAUCUGCUCUCGGCUCUCUCAAAGUAGACAAAUUAGUCAUACCAGCAGUGCCAGAACUGAUGGAUACAUGGACUUCAGGCUUCGGCUUCAGGCCUGUUCAUGAAUCUGCGAAAAAAGCAAUUAAGAAUCUGAACUUGCUGGUGUUCCCUGGUGUAGACAUGCUGGAGAAAUCAUUGGUGAAGGAGAAGAUCACUGAGUCAAAUGUGUCCUCUUCCAAUGGUUAUUCGCUGUUGGCACCUGAGAAGAGUAUGCAUGUAGAUGUUGAUGAAGAUAAACCUGAGGAGUCUAAAGACAGUGCUGCUCAUUGGCGAAAUUGUGCAACUGCUGAUGUCAAAUCCCCUUCUUACCCAGUUGAUAGCUGCUUGAAGUUAAUGAAUGUAGAAGAGAGAGAGAAAGAUACGGAAUCGAAUCUGAAGUUACUUAACGGGUACUUGGAGGAGAAAGAAGAGAUUGGGAAAUUGACGGAUAAAGAAGUUGAUUCCCUUCCUGAUGUAGUUGAUAACCAAAGAGAAUCUAACACAGGUAUGGCUGAUGGUUCGCGUGCGGAUAAAGGUGAUUCAAAAAGGCAGGAAAGUGAUGAUUUAGAAGAUAAGACGCCACUAUCUGAUGACAGCGGUGCAGUUAAAGCUGAGGAGUCAGAUGACCAACCUGAUUGUUACAUAGUAGAACAUUCUGGAAAUGGUGGUACAGAGAAAGAGAUUAACAAGAAAAGUUUAGCGCGAAAGAAAGGAGUGGCUUCCAGAAUUCGAGUAUCACGCCGACUGAUUCAAAGAUCAUGGGGAACAACGGGAGUGAACGCUUGA